CCGAGAUAUGGGUCACCCGAGGCUCGUGAACGCCUUGAGUGAGCUCUACUCGCGGCUGACGGGUCUCAAGAUCGAGCCCAUGACGGAUGUGCUCAUCACUUCGGGCGCAUAUCAGGCGCUGUACUGCGCGUUCGCCGCUUAUGUGAACCCCGGCGACGAAGUCAUUAUCAUUGAGCCGUACUUUGACUGCUACGAGCCGAUGACCAGACUGGCCGGCGGUACGCCUGUGUUCGUGCCGUUGCGGCCCAAACAACCGACCGCUGGCGGCGACAGUCAGUCGCUGUCGAGCGCCGACUGGCGUCUCGAUCCCCAAGAGCUGGAGUCCAAGUUCUCGCCGAAGACCAAGUUUAUUAUCGUUAACACACCGAACAAUCCGUUGGGAAAGGUUUAUUCGCGUGAAGAACUGGAACUGAUUGGCCGUUUAUGUCACAAAUACGACUGCCUGGUAGUGAUGGACGAGGUGUACGAGUGGUUGGCCUACGGGGGCGUCACUCACACC